AUGGCUUGUAUUACUGUUGGAUCAGUUUCAAGUUCUAUCCAAUACACACGAGAAACGAUGCCCGGUGCACAAUAUUAUGACGGUAAAAAGUUAAACAUACCAAUAUCGAAGGAGGCCGGAAUACAACUAAUCGAGCGAUGGAUUCAUCAGGGAAUCAGCAGUAUUAUGGCUUGUAUUGCUACCCAACAUCUAAACGAAUUGAACGAGUAUGAACGAAAUCGACUGCAAAAGUGUUCAAAAAGUUCUGAGGAUAUUUAUGAGCAGGCGCGUUGUUUGGUUCGAGCCAUUGAUGCAAAGCCUAAGCAGACAGAUCCUACAAGAAAAUUUAAUGAUACAUCAUUUCCUCGUACCGUUUCCCAUCUACAAAAGCUACAAAAAUUGUUGAAUGGAAAGCGAAAGAAUACAGUUGGUGCUCUGAUCCAAUCUGAAUCACACGAAAUCGAUGUGAAGCGAAAUAAAGAAAGAAAACGAGUGGAAUUUCGCACACGACGAAGUGUAGUCAAUCGACAUAAUUAUAAGUUGCAUACCGAAUAUGAACAUUUGACACCCUUCGGCAUUCUCGGAAAAUACUUAGCGAAGAUGACGAGAGUUAUCAAAAAUAAGGACCCGAAUUUAUC